CUUUGAAAAAGUUCGUAACAAUCCUGAAUAUUUAAAGGAAGUAAAUGAAAUAAUUGAUACAGUAGAAAAAAGUAAAAAGAUUAAGUUUCGUGAAGGAUACAAUCCAGAUUGUGGAUGUAUUAAGCUCACCCUAGAUCCCGUUGAAGCUAUUCCUAGGCCUUUUGUUUUUUAUGCUGUAGGUGUUUUAUCUAUGCUAUCUAUGUUUUUAAGUAGAAACGCUGUCUUCUUAGUGACUUCCGCAUUCAAUAUUAUCCUAAAAUUUUAUGGUUUCGAGCAUUUUGGUUCAAAUGAAAGUAUCUUAAAUGGUUACUGGUCAAGUACCCUGGAAUUUGAUAUUCAAGAAGGUUCUCCUCCAUCAAGAAUCAGUUAUUGGUAUUAUGACCCUCAUUUUCACCACGAUUCCUUCUCUCCGAAAAAAAGUCGGCAGAAACCGAUCGUUUUUAUUCAUGGUGUUGGUGGUGGUUUAUUUUGUUAUUCUAAUUUCAUCAGAAAAUUAUGGAAAUCGAAUCGUCCUUUAUUUUUGGUCGAAUUACCUUAUGUAUCAUUGCAAAUGGUUGAAGAUGUUCCAACAAUGGAGGAAACUGUUCGUGAAAUUGAAGAAAUGCUUACUUCUAGAAAUUAUUCAAAAGCUACAUUCGUUGCUCAUUCGUUGGGCACAGCUGUAUGUGCUUGGAUUUUUAAGGAAGCCAGAAAACGUAUUGGCGGUCUAGUCUUGAUCGAUCCAAUCAUUUUCUUAUUACAUCACCCAAAUGUUGCUUAUAAUUUUAAAUAUCGAAUUCCAAGAGCUGCCAAUGAGGGCGCAAAUAUUUCACUCCCCAUUUUUGAUAUUUCUACUCCCAUGUAG